AUGAGCAGCUGGGUGGUCGAAGUCGCCACUGUGCAGAAGCCCGUGCCCGCGUUCAAGGCGAGUGCCGUCGUCGACGGCUUCUUCAAGAGGUCGUCCUCUCCCCCGUACCAUCAACACCUCCUCGUGCUCGCACUUUGCCUGGGCGACGUCCCUGCACAAGCAGGUCGGUCUCGGCCCGGACUUCAAGGCCUCAAGCUCCUGCUCACCACCGCAGACCGCAACAUGUCCAUCUCACACAACUACGGCACCCUCAUCGAGGACGAGGGCAUCGCCCUCCGCGGGCUCUUCAUCAUCGACCCCAAGAGCAUCCUCAGGUGCGUCCACAGUGCGGGGUCCUCCACGAAGAACGUCUCUGCAAGCACCAAGAAAACCUCCGGUUCCUCGAAGUUUGUGUGGCCGCCGGUGCCUGCAGACAGGGCCAAGCUCAGGUAG